CUCAAUUAUCGGUGAUGCUUUCCGAGCAUCGAAAAAGGAGAAAAGCAUCAGGGGAGGACGAGACCUUAUAGUGGAGGCUCUCAGACAUAAGAAUAAAAUGCUGCAGAGGGAGAAUUCAGAGCUGAAGAGGAGGCUCGAAGGACAAACUGACUAACAAUAACUGUGUAUGUUGUUGCAUUUGUACACAGAAGCUUUAAGAAAAUGGUGGAACACAGAAAAGGGAAAAUCUAGAAGGAAGGUGUAAAUUAAAACUAGCGUUGAUUAAAAAAAAAGUAAAGUAAAAGAAUUUCUUAAUGUUUUGUUGCUUUUCUAAAAUAUUUACUGCUUUAUAUUUACUGUAUCCACUGUAAUUGUGUUAUCUGCAUCCACACCACUAGAGGGCAGCAACAAGCUCCUCAGCUAACCACCCACGUCAAAUCCUGCCUUCAUAAUAUCGGGAAAAGGGUGUGCAUUUGUUGUGUGUACACAAGGAACCAAAUAAAUUCAGGGAACAUGAAAAUUGACAUAGCAGACGAAUUGCUGUGUGACUGUAACUGAGACCUGACUCUGAAGAACUGAGAGUGCAUAUAAUGUAUAAUUAUUGGCAGAAUAAUUGUUUGCAACUGUACAACACCUAGAUAAUAAAUAGAACCUGCGUGACUGGUUUUAUCUGUGUUUUGUUUGUUUGACUUCUAAAAACCGCUACAAUUAAGCACUUUAAGUCGAUUUAAGCACUUGAAACUACAUAAACUGCACAUGAAUCACUUGAACGCCAAGUCAAGUUGAAAAAUUGGAUCUCGGAGAGGCAGCGAUACGCAGGUUACGUGAAUGCAGCACAAAGGGGACGUAAACUUCUGGUGUGACAGACGUUAGGAAGCGAGCGCGAGCGUUGGUGUAAAUACUGCUUUGUGAUGGCAACGUCGGCUUGUGUAGUCUAAAAGACGGUCUGUAGUCUGGAAGCUCUGGCUCUGCGUCCGCCAUGGGGACGCGGUGGUCUCGAAGCGGCAGCAGCCUGUCGCUUCUACCGGAGAGGCAGUGCUCUGGGAAACGGGGAGAGGACAAGGACUCCGAUAACGACUCUUUGGAUGGGCUCGGUAGACGGGAGGAUAUAGCCCAGUUCCCGUACGUGGAGUUCACCGGGAAGGACAGCAUAACGUGUCCGACAUGUCAAGGCACUGGACGGAUACCUUCAGGUCAAGUGAAUGAAUUGGUUGCAUUGAUCCCAUAUAGUGACCAAAGACUGCAGCCCCAAAGAACCAAGCUGUAUGUGGUCUUGUCAGUUGUGCUGUGCCUCCUGGCCUCUUUGCUCGCUGCCUUCUUCCUCUUCCCUCGCUCGGUGGUCGUGGUGGAUGAUGGGAUACGCUCGGUGACUGUUCGCUUUGACCACUCCAAUAUGAAGGUCCUGAUGAACAUGACGAGCACACUGAACAUCAGCAACCCAAACUUUUUCUCCAUGCUGGUUCAGAGUGUGAACUGCCAGGUCCUUUACAUGAACACAGUCAUUGGAACUCAGCAGCUGGACAACGCCACCACCAUCCUGCCACUCAGCGAGCGUCAGGUGAACUACACUGUCCAUGUGGAGAUUGGAAGCAGUGCACCCUAUGUCUAUGCCUUCUGCACCAUGCCCAGCAUCAAGGUCCACAACAUUGUCAUAUUUGUGCAGACGUCAGUGAAAACCUCGUACAUGGUGCGAACAUCCCAGAACAGCCUCGAGGCCUAUCGCUACAUAGACUGCGGCUCCAACACCACAUACCACCAGACAGCCCAGCUUCUCAGGCACCUCUCCUCCACCCACUCACCAGCCACAUCGCUCAGCGCCCCUCUGCUGUGAGCGGAACAGUCCUGAACGACCUGGAUCAUUUCUCUGGAGGAGGUGGGAGAUGUUCGUGUAAACUGGAGAGUGGAUUUUGCUGGCAACAGAAAUGCCAAAUGGUGCUACAUAUCUUCUAAGCAUAAACAACAGGUACCAUUAUGUUGCUGUUAACUCGUGCCACUGAAUGAUGAAGCUGUUUCCUGGAAAACAUGGGCGUGCAGAGGCAAUGUUGUCAGAGGCAGCAGCCAGUUAUUUCUGACUGCACAUUUGUUCUCAUGGGACAGCCCAGAGGCAGCAGAUGAGUGGCUUUUGUUGUGGUGGUUGUUAGGCAUCACCAAGUGAAAACACAGCUCCAUGACCUUUUUACUGCAGGGUCAGAUUGCUUUAAUAUAUCUGUCUUUUUUGGGAUUGGAUAUUUCCUGCCUCAGCAACCACAUUUGAUUUAUAGUUGUUUCAUUGAGGCUUUUGAUAUCCUGAACGCAUCAUAUGUAAAAUACAAAAUUAAAAGGCAGUUUUUGCUAUUUCAAACAUGCUGACAGAAUGAGUCACAUGUUCUCCUGAGUCAUUGCCAAUGAGCACUCCGUAGCCCUGUUUUGGAAACAGGACAAAUGUCAGAGAAAGCUCUUUUCUAUAAAAGGAAGUGGUCAACAUUCAAAGACAAAGAAGUGCCGGGAAGCUGGACUUCUGCCAAAGCUUUAAUUAACACUGCAGAGCUCUGCCUGUGUCUGCUGCUUCAUCAGGAGAGCCUCCUUCAGCGUAGCUUGAAUGACUUUUGGCACCGUAACACUGUGUUCACCGAGGGCUGCUGACUUUUCUUAAAAAAAAAAAAAAGAAGAUAAGGAGCUGGUCUGCUGUUUCUAGUGUAGCUCUAAUACGAGGGAUCAUUUAAUGACUGUUAAACUGGGAUGUAUUGUUGUAACAUAUUGUUUUGCUGUGUUAUUUAACUGUUUCUUAAGUUUAAAAUGGAAUUUACACAUUUAAUAUAUCAUGUGUGUUUUUUAAAUGAAAUUAUAAGUUAUUUCUAGGUAUCCAUCAUCCCAGCAAGUCUAAGCACAUAGAUUUUAGAUUCAGGGUUUAGUGUCAUAGAGAGGAAACAGUUUUCAGCCUACAUUUAAUUUAACACAUCAGUCAAGCUCAUGUGAUGAUGUGACAUAAUCUCUGAUUCUUUAAUCACUCAGUAACGUCCUAGUUAAAGUUCUUGAUCAUUUCCACUCCUGGUUCAGCUACAGAAAGAGGAAUUUGGGCCUUAAAAUAAAACAUCCAGUAUGAACUUUUGAACAUCUGUAUACAGUUUCCUCUCCAUCAUGGCAUUAACAAUGCUGGUGUGCAACAGUAAACAGCAUAUAAUCAUGGCUGCAAGCUCUAUUGUCAAGUAUACUAACAGUGGGUUUGUCUGACUGACCAUAACAGAUUUACACUGUUUACAUUUGUGUGUUUUGCUCAGCUCCUCUGUGAGUAUUUCAGACCAAUAAGUCCAUUACCUGAGACUGACUUAAACUUUACAUGAUCACGUAUUCUCAGUAUCUGAAGGGAAGUUGAUGUUAACAGAAUGUGGAAACAGAAACAGAAUGACUAAAAGCAAUUGUGAUAUGACUGUUUUGUUUUUCUUUUUUCUUUUCUUUUUUUAAAGGGACAGUUGUUUGUAAAUUUCUGAAUGAAAGAUUUUACCAGCAUUUUAAAAAAUACAGUGUAAAUAUUUUUGCCUAUUUCUAAAAAAGACAUUAAAGGGAAUUGUGAACAAAUAAAAUGAAUAAUGAACACCA